AUGCCAUCGGCUUCGGGGAUGCUGACGACAACAACAACACCCAGCCUGGCGGCGGAGCCGAGUAGCUUCAACGUGGACGAGAUGAUUGAGUAUGUGCUGCAGGGCAAGCCGCUGAGCGAGCCGCAGGUGGCGCAGCUGUGCCAGAAGGGCAAGGAGGUGCUGGAGAAGGAGGGCAACGUGCACACCGUGCGGGCGCCUGUCACGGUCUGCGGCGACAUUCACGGCCAGUUCCACGACCUGCUCGAGUUGCUGAAGAUUGGCGGUCUCCCGCCCGACACAAACUACUUGUUCAUGGGCGACUACGUGGACCGCGGCUACUACAGCGUGGAGACAGUGACGCUGCUGCUGCUCUUCAAGAUCAGCUACCCGGAGCGCGUGCAAAUCCUCCGCGGCAACCACGAGUCGCGGCAGAUCACACAGGUGUACGGCUUCUACGACGAGUGCGUGCGCAAGUACGGCAGUGCCAAUGUGUGGAAGCUGCUGACGGACCUCUUCGACUACCUCCCCCUCGCGGCGGUGGUGGAGAACGAGAUCUUCUGUCUCCACGGCGGCCUCUCGCCGACGCUCGACAGCCUCGCGCACAUCCGCAGCCUCGAGCGCGUGCAGGAGGUGCCGCACGAGGGCCCGAUGUGCGAUCUGCUGUGGUCGGACCCGGAGGACCGCGACGGCUGGGGCAUCAGCCCGCGCGGUGCCGGCUUCACCUUCGGCGCCGACAUAUCGGAGCAGUUCUGCCACAACAACGGGCUCAAGAUGAUCGCACGCGCGCACCAGCUCGUCACAGAUGGCUACAGCUGGGCGCACAACGACAGGCUCGUGACCAUAUUUAGCGCGCCGAACUACUGCUACCGCUGCGGCAACCUCGCGGGGCUGCUGGAGCUCGACGAGCACAUGAACAAGUGCUUCUUCCAGUUCGACCCCGCCCCACGCCGCGGCGAGGCGCAGGUGUCGAAGAAAACACCCGACUACUUUCUGUAA